AUGGGAACGAAUACCAGUCCAAACUUUGGCCUGACGGGGGGUUCUCGGUCGAUGACUGCGCAACGAAUCAGUCACUACCUCAAUCUGAGAGGGCCUUCGCAUACUGUUGACACGGCGUGCAGCAGCUCACUUUACGCUUUGGAGCACGCGUACCGAGCCAUUCGGACAGGUCGAUGCGACAGCGCAUUACUGGGUGGUGUCAGCUUGUGCUUAAACUCCAUAACAUCCCUGCAGUUUGCUCGAUUAGGUGUUCUAAGUCCGGAAGGGAUGUGUAGGCCGUUUGAUGAAGAUGCGAAUGGUUACUCACGCUCCGAGACCGUUUCCGUUGUCUUUCUGCAAAAAGCUAAGGAUGCUCGUCGCAUUUACGCACAGUUGCUGCACACAAAAACAAACAGCGGCGGCUAUAUCGAGCAAGGGAUAACGUUCCCGUCGAGCGAAAUGCAAAAGGUCCUCUUACAGGAGACGUACGAGGAAUGCCGACUAGAUCCCACCGUAGUUGACUUCGUCGAAGCGCACGCCACCGGUACCAAGGUCGGCGAUCCCGAGGAAAUGGCCGCGCUGGACGAAGUCUUCUGUACCAAACGCGACACACAACUGAUCGCCGGCUCCAUCAAGUCCUACGUUGGUCAUGCUGAGGGUGCGAGCGGAAUGUGCUCGCUGGUCAAGGUUCUGAUCGGAAUGGAGGACGACUGCCUUUUGCCAAACAUUCACUACAGCAAACCGCGGCAGAGCAUAAAGGCUUUGGUCGAGGGUAGAAUGGUGGUCCCUUUGGACAAAAUGCCGUGGCCGGAAAACGGCUCGGGAGUGGUUACGGUUAACUGCUUCGGCGUUGGCGGAUCGAAUGCGCACCUUAUCCUCAAGAGGUUCGAGCAACGCAAAGUUAAUGGAGGACUGCCCCAAGAUGACUUACCGCGGCUGAUGUGCGUAAGUGGUCGCGUGCCGGAAUCGCUGGAAAGCAUCUUCGAUGACAUCGGUGGUCGUAAGCUGGACGCCGAGUAUUGCAGGUUACUUCAAGCGACAUUCAAGUAA